GCCGGGAAGCAGUGGACGGGGGAGGCGCCUCUGCUCUUCUGUGUGGCAGUUCAGAAUGAUGGAUCAAGCGAGAUCAGCAUUCUCUAACUUGUUUGGUGGAGAACCAUUGUCAUAUACCAGGUUUAGUCUGGCUCGGCAAGUAGAUGGUGAUAACAGUCAUGUGGAGAUGAAAUUAGCUGCAGAUGAAGAAGAAAAUGUUGACAGUAACAUGAGGGGUAACCAAACCAGUAUCACAAAACCGAAAAGGUUAAAUGGAUAUAUCUGCUAUGGGAUCAUUGCUGUAAUCAUCUUUUUCUUGAUUGGAUUUAUGAUUGGCUACUUGGGCUAUUGUAAACGUGUGGAACCACAAGAUGAUUGUGGGAAACGGGCAGCAACACAGCCUUCAUGCCCAGAGGAGACAGAAACUUUCGAAUCAGAAGAGCAACUCCCUGGAAUACCUCGCAUAUUCUGGGCAGACCUCAAAUCAGCAUUGUCAGAAAAACUGAAUGCCAUAGACUUUGCCAAGGCCAUCAAGAUGCUGAAUGAAGAUUCUUACGUCCCACGUGAGGCUGGAUCUCAAAAAGAUACCAGUUUGGCUUUUUUCAUUGAAAAUAAAUUACAUGACUAUAAACUCAACAAAGUCUGGCGUGAUGAACAUUUUGUUAAGAUUCAGGUUAAAGGCAGUUCUCAAAACUCGGUGUCUAUAGUCAGUGCAAGCGGUGAUGGCAGUCAGGCGUACUCAGUGGAGAAUCCUGAGGGUUACGUGGCAUAUAGUAAGGCUGCGACAGUUACUGGUAAACUGGUCUAUGCUAAUUUUGGCACUAAAUAAGACUUUGAGGAUUUAAAUAUGCCUGUGAAUGGAUCUUUAGUGAUUGUAAGAGCUGGAAAAAUCACUUUUGCUGAAAAGGUUGCAAAUGCUGAAAGUUUAAAUGCAAUUGGUGUCUUGAUAUACAUGGACCAUAGUAACUUUCCCAUUGUUAAUGCAAAUCUUCCA